UGAGGCCAGUUGCCAUGGACUUCUAAUCAAAACAACGUUUAUGAAAUGACCAUCAUGUGAAAUGAUAAUGAAACAUGCUAUCAGCCCUGGUUAAAAAUCAAUGCAAACAUGAAAUGUGGGGAUAUUCGCAGAAAUACAGGUACGAUGGACACAGAAAGCCAGAAGCAUGGCUCAUCUCUCCAGUGUUGAUGAUUUGCCAACAAGAAAACAAAAGAGAGGCGGCAGAGUUGGGGGCUCGGUCACUUUUAAUGAAGAGAUAAGUUAAGCGGAAAGAUAUUGGACCUGACAGAUCUGUAAUCAACAGACUACUUAUACAGUACCGUAUUAGAACAUUACACAAUGGAGAAGAGGAGAGCAGGGAAAGAGAAGAAAGGGAACCAGCCGCCCUUCUUUCUCUCUUUCCUUUGCUCUCCAUAGUUCAGCUGUUAAAGCACCAACCAGUACAAUCAACAAUCACUGAGUGACUGUUCAGUGCCAGUCUCUUCAGCUCCAAGCUCCCCAUCAACACAGUUUCCCUGUAUGGAAUGCUCUUGUCAUCACUCAGAGAGAAACUGUACAACCAUCAUGGCUCCAAAGAUGAAUCUGGGCUGAUCUGUCAAACUGCAGUUUAGGAGAAGCUCACCAAUCGAACGCAGUGAGAACCUUGAGGACUCUACUACCUGUGGAUGAGGAUGCGGUCUACACUAUCUCUCUGUGGAGGAGAAGGGGACGGCAGGGGCCUGAGGGCCCGGGUAGGCAGGAUGAAGAGACUGCUGUGCCUUCGACAUACCCACCGUGUGGACGUCCUGACAGACAUGGAGCCGGGGGUUUGGCUGAGGCACUUCCAGCUGCUGGACACGGAGGUCACUGAGGACCCAGUGCAGGAGUGGGGGGAGGAGGUGGAAGAGGGGGCCGUGUUCGGCAUAACCCUGUGUAGGGAGCCUGUGCUCCCCAGCCCCUCCACCCAGGACCCCUCAGACCCUCUCGCAGAGUCCCCGUCCACUCCAUCGGCCUUCAACUUCAUCCAGUACCACACAGUGAAGGUGCGUCGGUUGAAGGCGGGGACCCUGGAGCGCCUGGUAACCCACCUGCUGGACUCAAAACACCAGGAAGCUGACUACGUCAGAGUGUUUCUGUCCACCUACAGAGCCUUCACCACCACCAACACACUCAUAGAACUGCUCUUCCAGAGGGAUGAUAUGAUUGCCAACCUGGACAACACUGUCUGCCCAAGGAGCACCCUUGUGCCCCUGAUCAGAACCUGGCUAGAGGAACACAGGGAGGACUUCAGGGAACCCCCUCGGCACCCCUCCCUGAGGCUGCUCUGUUUACACCUGCGCCACCGCCUCGCCUUCCGUCGCCUCGCACACACAGCUGAGACGCUGCUCAAGAAGCUCCAGGAAGAAGAUCGCACUAGUCUGGAUCAGUCUGCACCAAUAGAUAAUAGUGAUUGUCAGCAGAAAGAGGAGGGGUCAGGAGAGGAAGUACCGAAGGAGGAGGAGACUGGAGACUUUAUGGACUUCCCUGUCAUAGAAGUGGCAGAGCAGCUGACACGAUUGGACGCUGAGCUCUUCAUCAAGGUGGUCCCGUUCCAGUGCCUGGGCUGUGUCUGGUCUCAGCGGGACAAGAAGGAGAGCCGCAACGUGGCGCCCACUGUCCGCGCCACCAUCGCCCAGUUCAACGCCGUCACCAACCGGGUCAUCACCUCCCUGCUGUGUCCCUCGUCAACGUCUCCGAACUCGGUCUCCUCCUCAACCCCGAGUCUAUCCACGGCCCCUAGCUCCCCUCUCCUCCCCCACACCAGCCCCACCCUCAGGGCCAGGGUGAUAGAGAGGUGGAUUGCCAUAGCACAGGAAUGCAGAACGCUGAAGAACUUCUCCUCUCUGAGAGCCAUCCUGUCAGCCCUGCAGUCCAACGCUGUGUACCGCCUCAAGAAGACCUGGGCUGCCGUCAACAGGGAUUGUAUGGCCUGUUUCGACCAGCUGUGUGAGACGUUCCCAGAUGAGAACUGUGUUAUGACCAGCAGAGAGAUCCUGGUGGAGGAUGGCAGCCAGCCAGAUGACAACGCCACCCCCAAGUCACCCCGGCUGUGCCCCAUGUCUAAACAGAUGAGCCCUACCAGUGGUGUCGUCCCCUACCUGGGCACCUACCUGACAGUCCUCACCAUGCUGGAUACUGCACUCACAGACACAGUAGAGGGUGGCCUCAUCAACUUUGAGAAACGUAGACGGGAGUUUGAGAUCCUGUCUCAGAUUGGCCAGCUGCAGGCGUUCUGCUCCUGCUACAGCCUCCCAGUAGACCAGACCAUCUCAGCCUGGCUGCAGAACCACACCAUGCUCAAUGACCAGGAGAGUUAUGAGCUGUCCCGUGCUCUGGAGCAUCCGGUCGACCCGUGUCCAAACUCCCCCUCUUCCUGGAGCCACCGCCUGCUCGCCAAGAAGCUCGCCUCGCUGCUGUCGGUCACUGACGUCUCCAGCAGAAAGACCCAUUCAGACCAGAUCAGUGUGUCAUCAUCAGGCUCCAGUGGUUCUGAGAUGGAGGAUCUGUCCUCACCACAGCCCCUCAGAGACAAACUCAAGUCUCUGUCAGGCUCGCUCCACAACGUGUCUGAAGAACUCUCCUCCAACAACUCCUCCCCCACUCCCUCCAACACCUCCUGCAGCUCCUCCCAGCCCGACCUCUCCUACUCCUCUAUGGCCAUGAGCCCUGACUGCUCUUCCUCCUCAGCCUCCUCCUGUUUCCCCUCCUCCUCUCCUCAGUGCUGUAAGCCUGUCUAUAACAAGCAGGUAGCUGACUCCUGCAUCGUGAGGGUCAGCGUGGAGUGUGGCAACAACGGGAACGUCUAUAAGAGCAUUCUGCUGACCAGUCAGGACCACACUCCCCAGGUGAUCCAGAGGGCCCUGGAGAAACACAACCUGGAGAACAUGAGCUGUACAGACUUCGGCCUCACACAGCUGCUGGCCCAGGACAAAGAACUUCAGAUCCCUGACAAGGCCAACGUGUUCUACGCCAUGUCCACCUCAGCCAACUACGACUUUGUCCUCCGCCAGCGCUGGAGGAGCCACAGCAGAUGCCUGGGCACUUCUUCUAGCCCCGGGCCCCAGGCCAGGGCACGCCACGCCAAGUAGACAGAGCCACAGCGCCACCUCCUGGUCUGGAGGGAGAACUACUACUGCAACAAAAAAAAGGGGGGGGGGAAAUGGAAUUGUGCCCCACUGGAACCAUGGUGUGUUCACUGUAUGUGGACAGGAACUGAGCUAGCUGCCGAUGGACAGUAGAAAUGCACAUUUAAGCCAUUAAUUGGCUAUACAGCCUGAGAACUUGCAUUGUGAACACAUUAUGAAGCUUCUGCACCAGAACGUGGUUGACUCGUCAUUGGAAAGGAGAUUCUUUUGAUAUUUAAGGUUGGGACUAGAUGCAUUCCAGGAGGUUCUAUAUUGAAGGAUUGAAAGCCAAGAGCGACAAAUAUGCCAAGAGGUGCCGUUUCGAUGGGACAAGUAUGUGGAAGAUGGAGUACUCAGAGAUUGAAACUGAACAGGUGAAUUAAAGCGAUGCAAGCAGACAUUCUGUGGCCUUAUAUCCACUUCGGUGCAUUUAAGCCAUAUGGAAGACGUGAGAAAUCAACCACCUAUUCCAGAUCAGCCAUUUAUUUUCAACACAAGACUAACACCAGCUAAUGUCAACAAAUAUGCUAUAGCACUUUAGAAUGUUGACCAGUGUAUCUAACCAACACUCCAACUGCACUGCAUGUGUAAAGCCAUCUUCUGACGAUCCUUUUGCCAAGCUAUUGUUAUUCAUUUAGCUCCAAACAGCAAAGACAGGUCUCACAUAAUGAUGCGGUCCAUAUGGGCUGAGGGACGACCUUUCACAUGGUCAACACCCCUGGGUACGCUGUUCUGACACUUCAGAAAGGGAGGAAGGAUGGGUGCAUUUCUUAAGUAUUGGAACAGGGUGUGUUCUAUAGGCUUUAGGUAGUGGUGAAUGUGAGGAUCGUUAACUGGAGAAACGGCAUUCCCUAAGCAGAUAAACGCUGCUUCAGGAAGAUUGUGUGUAUAUAUACACAUACAGACCGAGACAGAAAUUAAUAACAUAUGAUGAUAGUGUUAUUAGCAAUAUGUAUAUAGACCAGAUCGUUUAAGUAAUUAUUGUCAAUGGUAAGUAUGAAAAAUGUAUGCACUCACUAACUGUAAGUCGCUCUGGAUAAGAGCGUCUGCUAAAUGACUAAAAUGUCAAAUGUAAACUGUGUAAGUUGCAUUUCAGUGUUUCAGCUUUGAGCGAGGUGGUUAUUAUUAUUAUUAUUAUUAUUUUUACAAAUUUAUAAAGUGAUCUUAUUUUUUAAUCUGUUGUUUUUGUCAUUUUUAUGAGUGGGCUUUGUUCAAUAGAAAUUCUCUCCUAAUAUUGCAUUUGUAAAUUUUUAGCAUUAAAUAGGUAGCUCAUAUUAGGAGUUUAUAUGAAUCAGAGACCACGCCCCUGCAGUGCCCGGUAAUGUACAAUAUGUUUUAUGUCUUAACAAUAAUGGAAAGAUGUCACUUUAAGUCUCUAUCAGACUGUUAUUUUGAAUGUCAAAUGAAGGAUAUGCACAGUGUACAAAACAUUAAGGACUCUUUCCAUGACAUGGACUGAACAGGUGAAAGCUAUGAUCCCUAAUU